AUGGUGUUGCACGCCGGCGCUGACGCAGGUCUGGCCGUGCAGAAACGUCCGAACGUCCGUUCGUCUGUCAGGGACUCGGUGGUCGACCUCAUCGCCCGCGGGGUCUGCAAUCGCACCCACCACAGCGUCAAACACGGCCGUAGCCGCUCCGAGGACAGGCCACGGGACAGGCUGCCGUCCUUCCGUCCCACCAUGAAGGGUUUAGAACAAAGCCUGACCACCAUGUCUCUACCCCGGCGUGCUCCCUCUACACUUCACCAGCUCUCCCCCUCAACUCUCCUCCUGGGCAGCUCCACCCUCCCCAUGCCGGCCAUGGCCAACCUGUGGACUCGGGAAGAGAGCAGUCAGAAACUGCCCAUCAUUCAUGAGAGACUAAGAACUCCUUCUAGGAACCAAAGGUCUCGUUCCAUACCUAUGCUGCCCCCGCCCACUAAGGAACAGAGCACUCCAAGACGGUCCUAUAGUGAGGACCACGGGAGGAUGAUUCCCAUCAAGCCCAGCACGGCAGAAAUCAUGUUUCCGGAGAAGAUGUCGGACGCUCUGACGCCGGAUUCCGGAAGAAAAUCUACCAUCUUGAAGCCGGGAGGUCAGGCCCAGAGACCAGUGACGACAAACGUGGACAAGUCUGCGGAGAAGAGGGUGCACUUCCAGAUCACUCUACCCAGAGAAAAAGAGGUGACAUUCAGAGUGCCGACGCGAAAAGGCAGCGGUUCCUCGCGGGCCGUGAGCGAAGUCAGUCCCGAGAACAACUCCACAGUCACGCCGGUCUUCAAGGUCAUGGUUACCACGAAGAACAACGUCGAAGCAAAGCCGCCCACAGCGGACAACAACGAAAAGGCUAAAAUCGUAGCUUCGCCAGCCGAGGCCCUGUGCCGUACUUUCAUAGACACUCACAAACUCGGUGCUCCGUCUACACCUAAGCUAAGGACCUCUUCUCUAACCGUGGAUCAUUUCAGUGCCAUAGACUCCUACGCGGGGCAUGUCAACUACUGCGACCACAAGAAGACAGACCAAAUUGUGAAAUGGCUUGAGGACGUUAACGAGCAACAGAACAUAGACGCCAAAGUCAGAAGAAGUUUGUCAUCCACUUCAUCCGAGAAGAUCAGUGUAUGAUGGUUGAUCCUAGAUUAUGAAGGGAUCUCUCUACCUCUUGAAUGUGUGCACAGCUUAGAGUAAAACUGUUCAUCACAAGGUCGCUGUGACAGACCAAAAAGGGUUGUUAACUUAACUUAAGGCCGUACAGACGACAAAGAUGUUAAGAAUCUGAACAGACAAUAUUUUCAAACACAUCAAAUCCCUAGUACUGGGCAUGGUCUGUCCCAAAUGUUGUGUAUCGGGGGGUGUCACAAAUGUUCUCAUUUGAGUCCAUGCUACUUUUUUCAUUCAGUUGAAAGGGACAAAAACAACCGUUGUGAGACAAUAAUUUACAACCAGUGGUUAGGCGUAGAACAAAACAUUAAGCGAGUUGACAAUGCCAACCUUAAUUGACGGAGGAAGUCAUUGAAAGGUUUGAUAGAUAAAGCUCGAUUACAAAUGAGUAUGUCCUGUUGUACCCAUUACGACACUACUGCUACAGGACUCUGCUUAACAAUAUUUGUUUGAGAUAAGCGGUGUUAUUAGGUUAAUCCCUCAUUGAUAAUACCUGCCAUUGGUCCAAAUUAAUGCGACACAUUUGUUUUCGCCACAAGCUCUUGUACAGCUGCUGAUCAGGAUUGGGAUAUCUUCGUUGCAUUUGUGCUUAAAUGUCUACUUAUUUUAGAGCUGUGUCAAUACUCCACAUUGAUUCAACAUUAAGCUUUAUGUUGAAAGACAGUUUUGUUAUGUUGGAUCAUGGUUUCAUUUCUCAGAUAACGUUUUAUGAUUACGUUAUUUAUGAUUUGUUUGGAUUCAUUUUCAUUUUGUACAUUUCGUUUUUGUAUGAAUUCUGUCUCGCGGAACUUCAGAACUUUAUGCUGUUAUGGGUCAUAUCGGUCUAGCUAGUACGGUCAUUCGUUUCAAAGUUCGCUUUUAAACGUCGCUAUCAAAGAGACAAAUUGGAAAAUGAUCGUGUCGGCAUGGAAGCAAAUUGCGGUUGUCAACAGUCGUGUCACCUCUGGUGUUACCUUAAUUAUGCUGCUUUUAAAAACAACUGUUCGAAGUUUCACAACAAUUGCAAUCAACCGUGCUUAGUGUGCAAAUAAACAAUAUUUCACUGGCAAUUAAAUGGGUGCAGUGUUUCGUAAAUAAUACUUCUUACCAAUCAAAACAAAAAUAUUCUAUUUCUAGACGGGUAUGUUGUUGAAGU